AUGCAGACUAUCGAGAAAGCGCUGCAUCAACCGAUGCCUUUCACGACAGGCGGGCAAACCAUCUCAGACCGGCUGACUGCUGCGAAGCAUUCUCUGGCGGGAAGUCAACUUGGGAAGACAAUAUGCAAGGCUACGACAGAAGAGGUUAUGGCUCCCAAGAAAAAGCAUUUAGAUUAUCUUCUUCAUUGCACCAACGAGCCAAAUGUAUCCAUACCUUCGAUGGCUAAUCUUCUGAUUGAGCGGACGCAAAAUCCCAAUUGGACCGUGGUAUACAAGGCUCUUAUCACCAUUCAUAACAUCAUGUGUUAUGGAAAUGAACGCUUUUCGCAAUACUUAGCUUCUUGUAAUACGACUUUCAACUUGACCGCGUUCGUCGACAAAAGCGGAGGCGCUGGUGGUUACGACAUGUCAAGUCAUGUCAGACGAUAUGCCAAAUACAUUGGAGAGAAGAUAAACACUUACCGAAUGUGCGCCUUCGACUUCUGCAAGGUCAAACGGGGCCGUGAGGAUGGUCUUCUUCGUACGAUGCAUACGGACAAGUUGUUGAAGACUAUUCCUAUCCUGCAGAACCAGAUUGACGCACUUUUGGAAUUCUCUGUAAGCAGUUCAGAGCUCAACAAUGGAGUCAUAAACUGUUCGUUUAUCCUCCUUUUCCGUGAUCUAAUCCGUCUGUUUGCUUGUUAUAACGAUGGAAUUAUCAAUGUGCUCGAAAAGUAUUUUGAUAUGAACAAGAAACAAUGUCGGGAUGCUCUGGAUACUUACAAGUCGUUCCUCACCCGUCUCGAUAAAGUAGCAGAGUUCCUGCGUGUAGCCGAAUCAGUCGGAAUAGACCGUGGCGAGAUUCCAGAUUUGACGCGCGCUCCGGCCAGUCUUUUAGAAGCGCUCGAGGCUCAUCUCAUUCAUCUCGAAGGCGGGAAAGCGCCUCCACCAUCCCAGCAACAGGCGGCUCAGCAACAAUUCGCUGGUGGAUUCACAUUUUCUCAUCCUCAACCGGCGCUUGGAGACGCGGAGCGACAGAGAUAUAUCGAACUAGAGCAAGAGCGUUUGAGACAAUUUGAAGAUCAGAAAAAGACUAUCAACUCAGCGAAUCCAUUUGCUAACGAUGUUGCAGCUGCUCCAGCGCCACCUACGACCUCGGCUCAGCCUGAUCUGCUGGAUAUGUUCCAACCGUCUACUGCGCAGCCAGCAGCGUCUGUCCAAUCAGACAUAACAAACCCAUUCGGAAAUUUCUCUGCGCCGAAUGCGUUCCCUCCAAACAAUGCGCCUCAUGGAGCUCCAUUUGGAGUACCACCUGGUCAUUCGUCUGCUCCUUUCUACAGUAAUAUUCAACAGCAAACACCAAUGUCUCAACCAGCAAAUGAACCGGAGAAUCCUUUCGUUACUCCUCACGCUGUUCCUCCACAUAUGCACAAUGCUCCGCCUGUUCCUCCCCCACCAUCAACAGCCUCUGUUGCGGCGUCUCACGUUCCACAACCUGCUCCUCCUGGAGCCGCAAUCAAUCCAUUUGCCGAUCCAGGAGUGCAAAUGCAACCGUUUGGGGAUGCAGGUCACGGCGCUACUCCAUUUGGAUAUCCAGCAUCUCACCCUGAUGAUCUCGCUCGGAUGACAGCUCAAAUGUCAUUAAACCAACAAAGUGCACCCGCCGGAUGGAACACUACCACUGCCGCAGUUUCGAGUAAUCCAUUUGGAACCGCUCCUGCACAGCCAAUGUACACUGCCCCAAUGGGAAUGUACCAGCAGCCGUAUGGAGGUCAACAGAUGUGGAAUAUGGCACCUUACAAUCAACAGUACCCUUAUGUGCAGCAAGGUCAUGUUCCACCUCAACAACAACAAACUAUUCAAAUGGUCCAUCAAGCCAUGGCAGCCAAAAACGCUGCUCAAGCUCAACAAGCACAGGCUGCCUCUUCCGAUCCAUUUGGAUUAUAG